GUCGCGAUUUUACGAUCGGCUGAGAGGCCUAUCCGCGCAAUAAUAUUCCAUAUCGCGAUUCUCUCUCCUCCGUGCGUUCCGCCGCGUUUCCUCUCUCGGUGUGACAUUCCGUCCGACAUUUCAACGCGAGUUCGUCGCGAUGUUCUCGCUCUGAAUUAUUUUUUUUUUUUCGCCACCCUCCCGAAACGCGCAAAGCGACAUAUCGUACAUGACAUCGCUGAUCGCGGUCUGGCACUAGGUGUCUCGCCAUUUUGUCUCGUUGUCCCGAGAACAACGCGGUUUCGGGAAAAACGGGACCCCGAUGCUCCUCGAGCGUCGUCGUACUGUUUUCGUCGCGAGUGGAUCCGGCUUUGAAAUCGCCUGACGAGAAUUAAAUACGCCCGUGAAAAUUCGAUCCCGCGCGCGACGAUUUUUUUCCACACACACACACAUAUAUAUAUAUAAACAUUUUUGGAAGAGAGAGACCGGUCUCCUUCGAGGCGAGGAUCUCCGCAGGACCAUCCGGAACGACAUCCCCAGGAUAUACAGUUCCUAUAUAAGGACUUCUGCAGCCAUCUCCCCGAUCCACGUGUCGGUGGGAUGCUACAUUGAAGUGAGACGGUGGCGUCUUGCAUGGAUUAUUCGCAAGAUAAAAAAAUCGAGAACAUAGGCAGAAUGACGGCGAUGACGCAGGAGGAAAUCGUGGCCGGUGCGCGGACGGUCGCCCAAGGCUUGGAGGCUCUUCGAGUCGAGCAUGGCGGUCUGCUGCAGGGACUGCAGUCGCAGGACGCGCCAGCAGCUCGCGACAAGGCCAGUCUGCUGUCCAAGAUCAUCGAGAUGAUCGACCUGGGCCUAGGCGAGGCGCAGGUAAUGCAAGCGUUGGCGAGUCAUCUGCAAAUGGUGGAGGCGGAAAAGCAGAAGCUGAGGACGCAGGUGAAGAGGCUGUGCCAGGAGAAUGCCUGGCUAAGGGACGAGCUUGCCGGUACUCAGCAGAAGUUGCAAGCGAGCGAACAAGCCGUUGCUCAAUUGGAAGAAGAAAAGAGGCACUUAGACUUCAUGGCCAGUAUGCGGCAAUAUGAUCCGGAUCCAUCGACAGAGGAUGAAAACGCUAAGGAUCGACCCAAAGACGAUCCUGUUGUGGAUCUCUUUCCAGAUGAUGACGCGGAUGAUCGUAAUAGCAAAUCUAUAUCUCCGACUCCUCCGUCGCAGUUCGCCCAACAAGUGAACGCCGGUUACGAGAUACCGGCGCGUCUGCGCACAUUACACAAUUUAGUGAUUCAGUAUGCGAGUCAAGGCCGUUACGAGGUGGCAGUUCCUUUAUGUAAACAAGCCUUGGAAGAUUUGGAGAAGACGUCCGGCCACGAUCAUCCUGAUGUAGCGACCAUGUUGAACAUUCUCGCUCUCGUGUACCGGGAUCAGAAUAAAUACAAGGAAGCAGCGAACCUGCUGAACGACGCGUUAGCGAUUCGGGAGAAGACACUGGGCGAGAAUCAUCCCGCGGUAGCGGCGACGUUGAACAAUCUGGCGGUGCUGUACGGAAAGCGAGGGAAGUACAAAGAGGCUGAACCCCUGUGCAAAAGAGCGCUGGAGAUCCGCGAGAAAGUGCUGGGCCGCGACCAUCCGGAUGUCGCGAAGCAGCUGAACAAUCUGGCGCUCCUGUGUCAAAAUCAAGGCAAAUACGAAGAGGUGGAGCGCUACUAUCAACGCGCGCUAGAGAUCUACGAGGCUAAGCUGGGCCCGGACGAUCCGAACGUCGCCAAGACGAAGAAUAAUCUGGCGUCCUGUUACCUGAAGCAAGGAAAGUACAAGGAUGCCGAGGUGCUGUACAAGCAGGUGCUCACCAGAGCGCACGAGAGAGAAUUCGGCGCCAUCGACGGAGACAACAAGCCGAUCUGGCAGGUGGCCGAAGAGAGGGAAGAGAAUAAACACAGAAACAAAGAGAAUACACCAUACGGCGAAUAUGGAGGUUGGCACAAAGCUGCAAAGGUGGACUCUCCUACGGUUACCACCACUUUGAAGAAUCUCGGUGCGCUUUACCGAAGACAGGGCAAAUACGAGGCCGCGGAAACGCUCGAAGACUGCGCCAUGAGAUCUCGAAGAGAGCACGUGCAGCAAGCGCUAGAACUGGUGAACAAGGCGCGAGUGGCGCAGCUGCUGGGCGACGAGAAGAGUUCGACCAGACGCGGUUCGCGGUCAAGUUUAGCCAACAGCGAGCACGACCAGAGCCACGAGGAGGCGAGUAGCUCGCUGCCACUAGUGCAAAGGGCACUGCACGAGGGACAAGCAGCGGCAGGCGGCGGCCAGCAUCAGCACGACGCUAGUCCUAAUAAACCCGGUUUUAAAAACAAGAUUUUCCAAGCUUUCGGUAUUCAUACCUCGUCGUCUACGUAGGCUUAAGCUUAAAGGACGAUCCCGUUUUCUAUGUCUUCUCGAAGCUUUUUAUUCCGCCUGUAUUCGUUUAGGUUCGUUCUCUUCAGCCGCGUAUAUUUUCUCUUCUCAGUUUUUCUCACACUUUUUCUUUCCUUUUUUUUCUCUCCGAUCGAUUAUUGAUAUGUGAAUUUUAUUUUGAACCAGCGAAAAUAUAUAACGCGACUGAGGAGAACAGAUCUAUUUUUUGAAAUGUAAUGUAACUAAAGAAAAUGGAUCUAUUUUAAAUGUAAUAUAAUACUUAUUGACGAAGACA